CCCCACGUCGCGUGUUUUGUGUCGCGUCGAACGGUACCUUUUCGAUUCUCUAUCAGAACAUCAUAAAAGUGCCACCAGCGAAGAAUAACCUGCCGGUGCCAGGAUAUUGAUUCAUCCUCCAUUAAAAAUACCGCUGGAUGUCUUGAAAAUCUCCAAUUGAUUCCCGAUCGAUUUCGUUGCGUUCAUUCUAUUGCUAGCAUGCCUACGCUCCCACGUCGGCGGCGACCUGCCGACGAAGAAGUCGAUGAUCAAGACGAUCGUCCCACGCAGCGCCGACGUCGCGCGGGGGACGAGGACAGCGAAGGUGCCAGUGAGGAAGCCGGUGGGGCCGAGGGCGACGGGUCCAUCGAGACGCAGUUGAUAAAGAAGCUCGUUAGGUAUGCUCUCGCCUGCGAGUAUUCUAGGACCCCGAUACGCAGAGAAGGCAUCAGAGACAAGGUCUUGGGGGCACACGGGAGGUCGUUCAGGCAUGUCUUUGAUGGCGCGCAGAAGCAGCUUCGCGCAGUAUUUGGCAUGGAGAUGGUCGAGUUGCCUGUCAGGGACAAGACGACCUUGUCCGUAGAGGAACAGAGGAAAGCUGCCAAAUCCCAAUCAAAGGGCUCAUCAUCCUCCAACACAUAUAUACUUGUAACGACACUACCAGAAGAUUACAGGACGGCAGCCAUAGUCGCGCCGUCUCGAAUUCCAACCGCCGAGAAGGAAGCCGCCUAUGUCGGGCUCUACUCCAUGAUCGUUACUAUCAUUCAACUCAACCGUGGGGAGUUGAGCGACCCAAAGCUGAAACGGUAUCUCCAGAGAUUGAAUGCCGAGACCAACACGCCGGUCGAAAAGACGGACCUGCUUCUCCAGAGGCUUAUCAGACAAAACUACAUUGUCAAGACGGUGGAGCGCAACGCUCAGGGCGACGACGAUGCUAUCACGUGGCGUGUCGGUCCGCGCGCAAAACAGGAGUUGACUGACGAGGCCAUGGCCAGUAUUGUGAGGGAUGUGUAUGGCGAGGCUUAUGAUCAGGAACUCGAGGCGAAACUGCAAGCUAGCCUUAAAAUUCGGGAGCGGAAACCUGUCAAUGGUAUAAUAGAAACAGACCAAGGCGAAGAUGUGGAUGCGGACGCAGAUGCAGAUGAGAAUGAAGAUGACGCAGAGGAGGAGGAUUGAACGACAAACUCUAGCUUAGAAAGGCCCCGAGCCUCUUUGUGAUACCCAUUUCAUUAGACGGCUAGACCAAUGGGACAGCGACACCUAGCUCCGGUAGCUUAUAAUUGGCAUUCCAUCUUCUCGUUUCUUCUUCCAACCUUGGGCUUACUCUCGAAGCCGUAUAGAUCAAUCUAAUCCAG